AGUGACGUAAUAGCCAUGCGCUUGCAGGUUCUGACAGCCGCUACCGUGGCGUUUGCGCAGGAGGAGCUGGUUGCCGCUGCAGCCGCCUGGAAUUGUGGGGGUUGUGUCUGCCCCUCGGCUGCCGUUCGGAAAGCCGAAGGUCCUGGCUGUGGCUCCUCGGGGCCUGCCUCCAUCUAGGAUGGCUUCCCUGGGAAUACUGCUUGGGCUGCUGAUCACCUCUUGCUUUACUUUCUGCCUCAGUUGUCAGAACUCAAAUGAGUUUGCAUUGACCAACCCAGAGAAGAGAAGCACCAAAGAAUCAGACUCAAAGAAAACCAAAGCAGAGGAGGAGCUGGACACUGAAGUCCUGGAGGUGUUUCACCCUACUCAAGAGUGGCAGGCUCUUCGGCCAGGUCAGGCUGUUCCUGCAGGAUCCCAUGUGAGACUGAAUCUUCAAACUGGAGCAAGAGAGGUGAAACGCCAACAAGAAGACAAAUUCCAAAGUGAUUUGAAAGGACUGAAAAAAGGAAGAAGACUGGACAUCAACACCAACACCUACACAUCUCAGGAUCUCAAGAGCGCCCUGGCCAAAUUCAAGGAAGGAGCACAGAUGGAGAAUUCAAAGGAAGAACAGGCAAGGCAGGCCAAGGUAAAACAACUCUUCCGCCCCAUUGAGGAGCUGAAGAAAGAAUUUGAUGAGCUGAAUGUUGUUAUUGAGACUGAUAUGCAGAUUAUGGUACGGCUGAUAAACAAGUUCAAUAGUUCCAAUUCCAGCCUGGAAGAGAAGAUUGCUGCACUCUUUGAUCUUGAGUAUUAUGUCCAUCAGAUGGAUAAUGCACAGGACCUGCUGUCCUUUGGUGGCCUUCAAGUGGUGAUUAAUGGGCUGAACAGCACAGAGCCCCUGGUGAAGGAGUAUGCUGCUUUUGUGCUCGGGGCUGCUUUUUCCAGCAACCCAAAGGUCCAGGUGGAGGCCAUUGAAGGAGGAGCCCUUCAGAAGCUACUGGUCAUCCUAGCCACAGAGCAGCCUCUCACUGCGAAGAAGAAGGUCUUGUUUGCGCUGUGCUCCCUGCUGCGCCAUUUUCCCUAUGCCCAGCAGCAGUUCCUGAAGCUGGGGGGGCUGCAGGUCCUCAGGAGCCUGGUGCAAGAAAAGAGCACGAAGGUACUGGCUGUACGUGUGGUCACAUUGCUCUAUGACCUGGUCACUGAGAAGAUGUUUGCAGAGGAAGAGGCAGAGUUGACCCAGGAUUCAUCCUCAGAGAAGCUGCAGCAAUACCGCCAGGUACACCUUCUACCAGAACUGCGGGAACAGGGCUGGUGUGAGAUCACCGCCCACCUCCUGGCACUGCCUGAGCAUGAUGCCCGUGAGAAGGUAUUGCAAACACUGGGUGUGCUCCUGACCACCUGCUGGGACCACUACCGUCAAGACCCCCAGCUCAGCAGGACACUGGGCAGCUUGCAAUCAGAGUAUCAAGCACUGGCAUCCCUGGAACUCCAAGAAGGCGAGGACGAAGGCUACUUCCGGGAACUGCUGGCCUCCAUCAACAACUUGCUAAAGGAGCUAAGAUGAAGCUGCCACACUGCCAGCAAGCCUGGACUGGGAUGUUGCUAGUGAGAGCUUGGGUGGGCUCUUCAGGGGAUGCCAGUCAGGAGGGAGGACUUCCCUACUGGGGCAUGAGUUUCAUCAAGGCAGAGCUGGCUUAGCCAUUAAAUGGAGACAUGAAGGCUG